AUGAAGCUCACCGCCAUCCUCGGAGUUUCCUGUUUACUUGGCGCGGCUCACGCACAGAGCGUGCUCCUCCAGUGCGCCGUCCAAGGAGACGGCGACUACAACAUAGUCAAGACUGGGGAGUUCACCUCGUCCGCAUGCAGCUCAGCGGGUGGGUCGCUCGGCGCGACGCCAGGUGGUGGACGGGCCGGUGGAAUCUCGUGCUGCACGACUCCAACUUCUGGCAAGGACACGUUUUAUUCUACCUGCCGGACUUUUGGCGGUGGCGUGUAUGUCCCUGUGCCGCAGCCUUGUUAG